AUGGAUCAUGUUAUCCCCAAUGUGUGCACUACGCUGCUCGCAGCGAGAUUAAUGGUUUAUUGGCUAGGGAAGACAAACACUAUCCUUCCGGAUCCUUAUUUGGACGAGGUUUUCCAUGUGAGACAGGCGCAGGCCUAUUGGGAUCAUCGAUGGAAGCAAUGGGAUCCAAAAAUCACGACUCCUCCAGGACUAUAUCUUGUUUCUUAUGCAAUUACAUCAACAUCAUCCAUUCUGUUUGCAAAACCCGUGGAACUUUCUGCUUCUGUUCUGCGGUGCAUAAAUGGCUUGGUACUGUUUAACGCUCUACAAUUUACCAUACGAAGGUUCCUUUCUAUAAGACAGGAUAAAUCACUGGCAAAGGGGGAAACUAGGGCGAACCCCUGGACCUUGAGCUUAAAUGCGUUGAAUAUUUGCCUGUUCCCGCCGAUUUUCUUUUUCUCCGGGCUUUACUAUACAGACUUGGCCGCGCUUCUGACGGUUUUGGAAGUUUGCAACAUCGACCUUGGACGAAGUCUACCAAGGAACGGCCAUGACACAGCUAAAAACUCCCUGGGAACUACCAUCAUGCAAUUUCUUAGCUUCCUCGUACUGGGGUUGGCAGCUCUUGUGUUCCGGCAAACAAAUAUCUUCUGGGUAGCAGUAUUUCUCGGCGGCCUGCGGGUGGUUAAUACCCUCCAGGCAAGAUCUGUGGUGUGUAUCUCGUCGGAUGUAUGGCGUAUUAUCAAAGGUAGCUGGUACCUGAAUCAGAUCUAUGACCCGCCUGCCAGUGACGCAUCUAUUGAAGGUAAGGCCUCCCCGACCGACUUGCCAGGCCGACAACCACGGACUAAUAUAUUGACAGAUUACUUUAAAGUUGGGUUUUCGCUAGCCAUCUCUUUCGUAGCGAAUUUAUCCGCCAUUCUGGUAGCAGUUUUACCUUAUCUCUUCUUCCUUGGAUGCUUUGGACUCUUUGUCCUUGUUAAUGGAAGUGUUGUAUUAGGCCAUAAAGAAUUUCACAGUGUAGGCUUGCAUCUUCCCCAAAUGCUAUAUAUUUGGCCAUAUUUCAUGUUCUUCUCCUGGCCGGUAAUUCUUUAUCCGUGGGCAAUCAGUGUGUGGGAAUGUAUUUGCCAACCUGACCCAAAAAACUUACGCCAACUGAUGAACAAACUACCGCGUCUGGGUGUAGUGUUGGGUUAUCUGGCGGCUAUGAUCACAAUUGUUCACUUGAAUACAAUUGUACACCCGUUCACGUUGGCUGAUAACCGGCACUACGUGUUUUAUAUUUUCCGCCUCCUCCUCCGACACCCAUUGAUUAAAUACGCCGUAACCCCGAUUUAUCUUCUAUGUGGCUGGGCAACUAUAGCUGCGUUCAACUCUCGUUCGGCUUCUAUUUCCUCGGAACUAGCUCAGACACCUUCCAAACAAAAAGGAAGCAAAGAACUGGACAAAGUGCAAGCGGAGAGGUCCAUACCCAGUGGAGCUUCAAUAAGAACUAGCUUUGUGCUUCUAUGGCUGGUGUCAACGUCUCUAUCUCUCAUCACUGCCCCGCUGGUGGAGCCACGAUAUUUCAUAAUUCCAUGGGUCGUUUGGCGACUGCAUAUUACCCCAUUGACUCCCAGGAGUAAUGACCAGUCUGCCAAUCAAGCCACAGCCUUCUUGACUGUUCUCGAGUUUCUUCCAUUACUCACUGAAACGGCCUGGUAUUUGCUUAUAAACUUCGUGACGGGAUAUAUGUUCUUGUAUAAAGGGUUUGAAUGGCCACAGGAGCCAGGAAAAGUUCAACGGUUCAUGUGGUAG